AUGACCGACCCUCUCGAUCUCUCACUCGACCUGCUGCGUCGCUUGCCGCCUUCCAAAGUGGAGCAAAAUCUGGAGUCGAUCGUCAAGCUGAUCCCUUCCUACGCCGACGAUCUCUACUCUUCGGUCGACCAGCCGCUCAAGGUCAAGCUCGACGAGUCCAAACAAGGCGCAAGUCGAGAGUUUUUGUGCUGCGACUACAAUAAGGAUGGAAACAGCUGGCGGUCGUGGAUCUCAGACACUUACCACCCUCCCAUUCCACCGGGUGCAGAUGACACCGUUGAUGGAGAGUCAGGGACGAGACCUAGUGCACCUCUCAGAUCACUCGAGCUGAAAGCCAACGACGCCUUCGAAACAUAUGCACGUCUUUACUAUGACAAUGCGCUCUCGAGUGUAUAUCUCUGGGAUCUCGACAGCGAUCCGAGCUCGCUUCCGGGCGCUACGGUCGGUGGCAUACAUGCACCAUCCGCUUUUGCUGGCGUUGUUCUACUCAAGAAGACCAUCGGUCAGGACCGCGGAAACGGUAUUUCUGGUGCAUGGGACUCCAUUCACGUCUUUGAGGCAACUGAACGGGCCAGCGGCGGCUCCAAAUCCUCUUCCUCCGGCACCGGCAUAAGCGCAAGUUACAAGCUCACAUCCACCGUCAUGCUCAGCCUCAUCCGUCGUGACGAAAGCACCGAAGAACCAACUGAUAUUCAAUCUUCCUCUGCCAAAGUGGGCACCGUCGAGAUUGCAGGCAGUCUCACGCGUCAAUCAGAAGCCGACUAUGCGCUACCGGACUUUGUCUCGCACGUUUCCAACGUUGGUAGAAUGAUCGAGGAUAUGGAAGCUAAAAUGCGCAAUCAGCUACAAGAGGUAUACUUUGGCAAGACGAGGGACGUAGUUAGUCACUUGCGAAGUACACAGAGCUUGGAAAAGGAACGCAGGGCGAGAGAUCUGCAGAAGGAGCUCAUGGGAUUGUGGAAGAAGUAG